AUGAAGUAUUCUUGCUGCACUCUGGUUUUGGCUGUCCUGGGCACGCAGCUGCUGGGGAGCCUCAGUUCCAGCAUCAGGUCCCCAAGAUUCAGAGGACGGAUACAGCAGGAGCGAAAAAACAUACGACCCAACAUCAUUCUUGUGCUCACCGAUGAUCAAGACGUGGAGCUGGGGUCCCUGCAAGUCAUGAACAAAACCAGAAAGAUUAUGGAGCGUGGGGGGGCCACCUUCACCAAUGCCUUCGUGACCACGCCCAUGUGCUGCCCCUCCCGCUCCUCCAUGCUCACUGGCAAGUACGUGCACAACCACAACAUCUACACCAACAACGAGAACUGCUCUUCCCCCUCCUGGCAGGCGGUGCACGAGCCUCGGACGUUUGCUGUCUAUCUGAACAGCACUGGCUACAGAACAGCCUUUUUUGGAAAAUACCUCAACGAAUAUAAUGGCAGCUACAUCCCUCCUGGGUGGCGAGAAUGGCUUGGAUUAAUCAAGAAUUCUCGUUUCUAUAAUUACACUGUUUGUCGCAAUGGCAUCAAAGAAAAGCAUGGAUUUGAUUAUGCGAAGGACUACUUCACAGACUUAAUCACUAACGAGAGCAUUAAUUACUUCAAAAUGUCUAAGAGAAUGUAUCCCCAUAGGCCCAUUAUGAUGGUGAUCAGCCACGCGGCGCCCCACGGCCCCGAGGACUCCGCCCCACAGUUUUCAGAACUGUACCCCAAUGCUUCCCAACACAUAACUCCUAGUUAUAACUAUGCGCCCAAUAUGGACAAACACUGGAUUAUGCAGUACACGGGACCCAUGCUGCCCAUCCACAUGGAAUUCACAAACGUUCUACAUCGCAAACGGCUUCAAACUUUGAUGUCAGUGGAUGAUUCUGUGGAAAGGCUAUAUAAUAUGCUUGUGGAAACGGGUGAGCUGGAGAACACUUACAUCAUCUAUACCGCCGACCACGGUUACCAUAUCGGGCAAUUUGGACUGGUCAAGGGGAAAUCCAUGCCAUAUGACUUUGAUAUCCGCGUGCCUUUCUUUAUUCGUGGGCCAAGUGUAGAACCAGGAUCCGUAGUCCCACAGAUCGUUCUAAACAUUGACCUGGCCCCUACCAUCUUGGACAUCGCGGGGCUCGACGCACCUCCUGACAUAGACGGCAAGUCUGUACUCAAACUUCUGGACCAGGAAAAGCCAGGUAACAGGUUUCGAACAAACAAGAAGGUCAAAAUUUGGCGUGAUACAUUCCUUGUGGAAAGAGGGAAAUUUCUACGUAAGAAGGAGGAAUCAAACAAGAAUAUCCAACAGUCCAAUCACUUACCUAAAUAUGAGAGGGUCAAAGAACUGUGCCAGCAGGCAAGGUACCAGACAGCCUGUGAACAGCCCGGGCAGAAGUGGCAGUGCGUCGAGGACACGUCUGGCAAGCUUCGGAUUCACAAGUGCAAGGGCUCUGGUGACCUACUCGCCGUCCGACAGAGCACGCGGCCCCUCUUUCGUGGUUUCCACGACAAGGACAGAGAGUGCAGUUGUGGCGAUUCCGGGUAUCGGGCCAGCAGGAGCCAGAGAAAGAAUCAGAGGCAGUUCCUGCGGAACCAGGGGACCCCAAAGUACAAGCCCAGAUUUGUCCAUACCCGUCAGACACGUUCCUUGUCCGUCGAAUUUGAAGGCGAAAUAUAUGACAUAAACCUGGAAGAAGAAGAAUUGCAGGUCUUGCGGCCAAGAAGCAUUGCCAAGCGCCAUGAUGAAGGCGGCCAGGGGCCCGGGGGCCACCAGGCAACCAGCGGUGGUGAUGGGGAUACAAUGCUUUCGGACAGUGGCAAUGUUGUGGGCCUGCCCACCACCGUCCGUGUGACGCACAAGUGCUUUAUUCUCCCAAAUGAUACAAUCCAUUGUGAGAGAGAACUUUAUCAAUCAGCCAGAGCCUGGAAGGACCACAAGGCCUUCAUUGAUAAAGAGAUUGAAGCUUUGCAAGAUAAAAUUAAGAAUUUGAGAGAAGUGAGAGGGCAUCUGAAGAGAAGGAAACCUGAGGAGUGUGGCUGCAGUAAACAGAGCUAUUACAACAAAGAGAAAGGUGUGAAAAAGCAAGAGAAAUUAAAGAGCCACCUUCACCCAUUCAAAGAAGCCGCUCAAGAAGUAGACAGCAAACUGCAGCUUUACAAGGAGAACCGCAGGAGGAAGAAAGCCAGGAAGGAGAAGAAGAGGCAGCGCAAGGGCGAGGAGUGCAGCCUCCCCGGCCUCACCUGCUUCACACACGACAACAGCCACUGGCAGACAGCCCCGUUCUGGAACCUGGGGUCCUUCUGUGCUUGUACGAGCUCUAACAAUAACACCUACUGGUGUUUGCGGACAGUUAAUGAGACGCAUAAUUUUCUCUUCUGUGAGUUUGCCACUGGCUUUUUGGAGUAUUUUGAUAUGAAUACAGAUCCUUAUCAGCUCACAAACACUGUGCACACAGUUGAACGGGGCGUUUUGAAUCAGCUACAUCUGCAGCUGAUGGAACUCAGGAGCUGUCAAGGGUAUAAGCAGUGCAACCCAAGACCCAAGGGCCUUGAAGUUGAGGACAGUUAUGGGAUGGAUGGGAAGGUUAAUCUGCCCAGUCUCACUGCAGACGGCAACUGGCAAGGCCCUGAGGAUGUAUACAGUGUGAAUGGAAGCGCCUACAAGGACAGACAAAACUAUAGACUUAGUCUGGCUGACUGGACUAAUUACUUGAAGGAUGUAGAUAGAGUAUUUGCACUGCUGAACAGUCACCAUGAGCAAAACCAAGCCAAUGAGACUAAAAGUGCUCCAAGUGAUGGGUUCCUGGCUGUGUCUGCUGACCUCUUGGCCCCAGCAGAGAUGGAUGAAGACCCCAGGGGUAGGGGUAGGGAAGCGCCUCCUUUGACCUUGCUGGCUGACCUUCCCACCCUGCAUUCCAGCCGACCAACAUUCAGUCCAGACAGUCAACUUGAAUGGAACAACGACAUUCCCGAAGUUCAUCGUUUGGAUUCUGAACACUGGAGAAAUCAUAAAACUGACAAAUGGAUGGAGCAUGAAGGGAUCAAUCACCUUGAAACUGAUUUCAGCGGCGAUGGCAUGACAGAGCUGGUACAGCCUAGACCCAGGCAGCCGAAGGGCCGUCCCCAGGAUGAUCGUCCAAAGGAAGAUGUUUCCGAAGAUCAGCUGCUUCUUCCUGCACGUCCUGAUGUUAACUCCACUGAUCUGGUGAUCAGAGAGUCCGCCAGGGGGCCGCCUAUUUCCUCCAGCAUCACAGAGAGGACGUCAAACCAAGUGGAGAAGAACCACAGGACAGGGAGCCUACAGAGUCUAGAAGGCAGUGCCUCCUUUCCACUCUCCUCUGAUUAG